AUGUACGGAGAAAAAGAAAAACUAGCACAAAAGGCUGAGAAGGAGCAAUCACUGAGUGUUUUUAAUGGCAAUGAAGUGGGCAGAUCCGAGUUGUCGUGCGGACGGUGGCAGGGCUGUGCUGUCCACCUCUUGAGUACGGAAAGGGGGCAUGCCAGCGGGUCACAUUUCCUCUCUGAACCCCCCUCCAGGCAGCACUGUACUCCUGAAGGGGAAAGGACGAGGCUUCACAAGAAGCAGCACAUACUUUCCUUCCCUUUCUGGGAGCCCGGGGGUCGACCUACAGAUGCUGCUCCUUCCAUGGCCGAUGGCUGCCGACGGUGCCCAGCGAACAACUGGACAGGACAGCUCAGCUACAGGAAGGUGGCCACAGUCUCGGCCCGAGCAGCAGCCCCCCAGCCACAGACCACCUCUGCCCCCCCAUCCGGGAGCCUUCCCACCUCCCUCAGCCUUGCCUGGGCCCCGCCACAGGGGCUGAAGACCUGGGAGGUGGUGGCAACAGGGGCGGCGGUGUCUACAGCCUUGGGGCCGGUCCAGGCACGCAGGACCCUGCUCCGGGCAACUCUGCGGCCCCUCCGGGGCCAGGGAGGGACGCAGGACAACCCCAGCGCUCACCACUGUCUCUUCCUGUCCCUGACACCUGGGCGAGGGCUCAGAAUGGAAGCCGCUGCUCCUGAGCCGAAUCGGCAGGCCAGACGGAGGGAGGUGGGGGACGGGGUGAGCGGAGCUCAAGAUAGCCAGGAGCUAAAGCAGCAGCUGCAGCCGCUGCCCGAGCCAUCAGCCUCCUCCCAGCAAGAAGCGAACUAUGUGGAGAUGUGCGCUUCCGCCGGAGUCCAGAGGGAGAGGCCCCGGGCCAUGGAACUGACUCCGGAGUGCGCACCUGGGGGUCCAAGAGCCUCUAGGAGUCCCGAGGAGAAAGCCCAAGACGAGCCCAGCAGUCAAGAGUGCCAGGCUCCGACCCCCCAGGGAAACCCUGCUUCUUUGGAGCUCACCAGAUCCCAGCUCUCCGGCACUGAGGAGGGCAGCAACUUCUCCUCCUCCUCUUCCUCCUCCUCCUCCCCUUCCUCCUCCUCCCCGGUGGACAAAGCAGAAGGUGGCCUUUUCCAGGAUGAAGCCAGCACAUCCACAGGGGCGCUGGCCACCUCGUCCUCCUCUCUAGGCUUUGAGAGCGACAGUGGUGAGAGUGCAGGGAGCUGCCAGCCCAGGGGAGGGGUGGGAGAGGGAAAGGCAGGAGGAGGUGGAGGUGGAGGAGGACGAGGAGCAGCGGGGGGAGAAGACGGAACAGAGUGCAGGGACAUUAUUGCCAAGUCCCAGGGAAGCAGGGGCCCCCCAACACACGAGGAGGCUCACUACAUCACCACCCACGAGAUCCAGCUGAGCGAGGUGGAGCAGGACAUGGAUUUCGACGUGGGGCUCGCCUCCCGCUGGGAUUUCGAGGACAACAACGUGAUCUACUCCUUCGUGGACUACGCCUCCUUUGGUGGCAGCGACGAGACCCCGGGGGACAUCACCACCCCGACCGAAGAGGAGGACAACAGCUGCUACCUCAGCACCACUCCCAGCACCAACGCCACCCGAACGCCCAGCCCCUUCAGCAGUGACCCUCCCCGCCCGGGCGCAGGCAGCAGCAGCAGCAGCAGCAGCAGCAGCGGCCGAGACACGAGCAGCACGGAAGUGGGCAGCGGCCCUUCUGACGGCGGCCCCACGCCCCCACCCCCCGGGCCUGGCACUGCCCCCGGGCCCGAGCCCUUGCCGGAGCCCCCGGAGGCAGUGUCAGGGGCAGCCGCCGCCGCCAGCAGCUGUGGGAGUGCAGCGAGCCAGAUCCUCCUAUCAAUCAAACCGACUUCCCGGGCUAUAAAUGAGCCUAGCAACGUGCGUGCAAAGCAAAACAGUAUUUAUGCUGCCAAGCAUGAAGGCGACAUGAGCCUCCGCGUCUCCACAGCUGCUGAACAGCGUUCAAGUCCCCUGCAGCAAGACCCGGCUGCAGCCGUGGCUCAGGACCAUGCAAAGAAAUUCAUCGCUGUCCCGGCCCGCCUGCAAACCCGCUGCGGGGCGGUGCGGGCCAAGGAGCUGGUGGACUAUUCCAGCGGGGCCUCCAGCGCCGUGAGCGAACUGGACGAUGCGGACAAAGAGGUGGGUAACCUGACCUCCCGCGCCUUCCGGAGCCUGGCGUACCCCUACUUCGAGGCUCUGAACAUCAGCUCCCGGGAGUCCUCCACGCUCUCAGAAGUCGGCUUUGGGCGCUGGUCCACCUUCCUGGACCUGAAAUGCGGGGGCGUGGGGGCCCGGGUGGAGCAGAGCCUGCUGCGGAGCAGCGCGGCCUCGGUGGCCGCGGGGCUGCGGAAGGGCGGCGCGGCCAGGCCAGCUGCAGACCAGCUCUACAUCCACUCCAGGAAGUCCCAGACCAAGGCCCUGGAGUUCGUGGUCAGCAAAGUCGAGGGGGAGAUCAAGCAUGUGGAGACGCCUCUGUGUUUCCAGAAGCAGGUCCAGACGGGCUCCCGCGUGGUCACCCUUCUGGAGCCUCUGAACUUACGCAGCGAGAGCAAAGCCAGCCCCCCCGCCGGGCCCUGCCGGGCCACCAAAGGCUCCGGCAAGGGCCCCGGCUCGGUGUACACGGAUGACGGCUCGGAGACCCCCGAGAGCAGCAGGCCUGCCCCCCGCGCCGCCGAGGGCCCCCAGAAGAAGUCCAAGUUCGCUUCCAGUCUGCUCAAGAAUGUCAUCUCCAAGAAGAUGCAGCGGGAGCACGAGUUCAAGAUGGAGAGGGGCGAGGUCACGGACACAUCCCACCGGAACCUCUCCAGCGCGUGCAAGGAGCUGGAGGGCGCCCCCGGAGGCGAGAGGCCGCGGGACAGGGGCCUGCAGAGGCAGAGCUCCCGCCACUCGGAGGCCAGCUCCGAGUACACGGUGCUCAGCGUGUCCGAUGCCGGUGCGGAGGGGUCCGUGGCGGGGUCCAAGUCCCCCAUCUUCAAAGCCAGUGCUCCCCGGGAGAGCCAGGCCGGCUCCGCCCGGCAUGCCGCCGCCGACGGACACCCGGAGGCGGUGUGUGAGAUUAAAAAGAGCGCAUCCGAGACGGUCAAGGGCAUCUUCCUCCGCAGUCAGAACAGCGCAUUCCGGUCCUGGAAGGAGAAGGAGGCCGAGAAACGGGAAGACAAGGCCCCCGUUGGGAAGCUGAAACUCCCCAAAGGGGGCGACUGGAGGGCCGACCUCGGGGAGGUCUCGGCCAGCAAGCCCACCAUCAUGUCCCGUCUCUUUGUCCCCAACAUCCAGCAGACACCCAGAGAGAAGCAGCCGGGGAAGCAGGCCACCAAGUACCCCGCUGCCCAGGCCCCCUCCGCGGCCGGGAGCGGGCCCAAGGCCCCGGAGAUCAAGAUCCGGCUGGGCAGCGUGCAGCAGCCAAGCUCGGACUUCAGCAUCGCCAAGCUGCUCACGCCCAAACUGGCCGGCGGCGGCGGCGGCUCCUCCGGCCUCCUCAAGGCAGCCGAGGACCACGGCAGGGGGCCACAGAAGCUCUUCCGCGGGGACAGCCUGGAAAAGGUGCCCCAAUUCCAGGUGAGGGACGUCAGGGACAAGUCCAAGGCUCAGGGCCCCCUCCACCAGGUGAGAGACGUCAGGAAGCUCAUCAAAGGGUCGGGAGACAGCGGGGACAAGGGCAGCGUGACCCCAGAGCAGGGGCUGAGCGGGGCCAAGCCCAGGCAGCUGGCUGCUGCCGCGGGCGGGUCCGGAUCCCUGUCCCCCUUGGUGAUUACGUGCCAGGCCGUGGUGAACCAGAGGGAGGACGGCAUGGACCGGGAGCCGAGGGAGGGCCUGGGCCGAGGAGCGGGCAGCGGCGGCUUGAACCCCUCCUCGCCAGAAGGGACCGUCUUGGUUCACAGGGCCUCUGGGAGGCUGCCCGUGGCCACCAUCGCUCCCAAUAAGCCGGAGCAGGGCUCCUACCUGCCUGUGCUCAAGAUCAUCUCCAAGGCUUCGGCUCAGAAGACCCCAGAGAAGGCCAGGGACGAGGAGGCCAAGGAGGAGGGCAAAGGCCCCAAGCCAUCGCGCAACGCCCUGGAGAAGCUGACGGCCGCGGUGAGGUCCAUGGAGGAGCUGUACAGCUUCGACAGGAACGAGUGGAAGCGCAAAAGCGACCCCUUGCCCCUGAUGACGGACAGCCACGUCCUGUCGCUCAUCGCGAGUGAGGAGAGGGAAGGGGCCGGCGGGGCUGAGGGGGACCCCGACAAGCUGGCCAAACGGCUGGGUGAGGUGGGGGAGCAGGGCACGGGCCACAAAGACGGAGUGGUCCUGCGAGCGGCCCCCUUGGAGCGUCUGCAGCGGAGGAACUCCAACCCGAGCUCCGAGAGCGUGUCUGCCCGCGCAGCCGCCUUCGAGAACCUGGCCAGGGAGCGGCCCCGAUCCCUCUAUAUCCCCCCAGUCCACAAAGACGGGGAGAGAACCCAGCCCCUGCAGCCCCUCCCGCCACUCCCCAGCAACAGGAACGUGUUCACCGUGAGUGCCAGCAGCAUCCAGAAAACUGGGGGUGUCGCUGGCAAGUUCCCCCAAGGGCUUUCUCCAGAGAGUCCUUCAGCAGCAAAGGGCAGCAAGUCUCAGGGACUCCGGUCCCUCAAGAUCUCUCCGGCCACCCGGGCACCGCUGGAUGAGGUGCCCACCAGGAAAAAUGGCAGCACCUUGGAAAAGAGCAACAGUGACUGUGAAAAUUACCUGACCAUCCCCCUAAAAGGAAGCUCUGCAGCGGGGCCUGGGGCGAGGAGGGAGGGGCCCCCAGCCUCCUCUGCAGCCACUCUCUGCAGCUUGCCCCCUCUGAGUGCUCGCAGUCAGGCCCCCAGUUGCCCCAAAGGUUCCCAGGUCAGUGGAACCAGCCGGCCAGCUUGGCCUACCAAACCUGACAACCCACGGCAGUCGGUAGCUGCCCCCUCGGGGCCCCAGAGCCCUGGGCAUCCCCCCACUGCUAUCUACCACCAGCAGCCACUGCCCUUCCCCCUGCAGGGGGCCCAGCCCCAGGUCCUAUGCUUCUCCCCACCUGGCAUGCCUGCCCCAGCACCUGCAGGCCCAGCUCCGGUCCCCACAGAUGCCUUCCAGCAGCCACAGCCUCAGCAGACCCAGCGAAAGAUGCUGCUGGAUGUGACGACUGGCCAGUACUACCUGGUGGACACACCGGUACAGCCCAUGACCCGAAGACUAUUUGACCCCGAGACAGGGCAGUAUGUGGAUGUGCCCAUGACCUCCCAGCAGCAAGCAGUGGCUCCCAUGUCCCUCCCUGUGCCUCCCUUGGCCCUGAGUCCUGGGGCCUAUGGACCCACCUACAUGAUCUACCCUGGGUUUCUGCCCACAGUGUUGCCUACCAGUGCCUUGCAGCCCACACCAGUGGCUCAUACUCCAGGGGGAAGCGAGCUCUCCCAGAUGGCCGCAGAGAGCCCCAGCAAAGAGCCAGCUGCCAAGUUCACCGAGGCCCCGUACUUCAUGGCCUCUGGUCAGUCUCCCACCUCCGCUUCUUCCUCGGCCCCAGCAGCCACAUCCCAGCUGGUGGGGGCCAAGGGCUUCGCCCAGCUGCACGGCAAACCUGUCAUCAGCAUCACUUCCCAGCCCCUGGGGCCGAGGAUCAUCGCGCCCCCCUCCUUCGACGGCACCACCAUGAGCUUUGUGGUGGAGCACAGAUGA